AUGAAGUCGGCUUUCCCAGUUGCGAUCUCUAGUGCGCUCACGUUGCUUCUCUCCUCUUUCCAGCUCUCAACGUCACAGUAUCAUUCGCCGCCUGCAAAUGCAGCUCCGACAAUCGACGUCGGGGCUCUUUUCCAACACACUACCUCAAGGAACCAGAGGGUGAUAACGCAAGCCGUCGACUUCGUGAUUUCUAUGCAGACGGCCCCAACAUGCACACGGAUGGCUGCUUCCCACCUGAUGAACGAGUGCAAGCUGCUCGAAAACGCACCAGACUUUGCCAAAGCUCGGCCCGAAGCAUACCUGGACAACAUCAAGACUGAGUAUGCCGCCAAGCUUGCAGUAUGCGAGUUGCUCAGCGCUCAGCCGCAUAAUCCCACACCGCCACCGAAUUGCGAAAUGCUUGUACCAACUUCGAAGGCGUGUGGCAGGGGUGGCACAUGGUGGUACUCGCGGCCUGAGACAUCCAUGAACGACAAGCAAUGCUACCCUGAGAUCAAGGAGUAUCAGUACGCCCAAUGUCUCAAGACACUUCAAUCAUCACCGCAAUACUGGACGUCUUUCAGCAACGCUCGACAAAAUGCGGUCGUCAUGUGUCAGGCGAGUAGAGAUGCCAUCGAACGCGAAAACCACCUAGACAUAUUCAAGAACCUGACCCAAGUCAUGGGUGCUGUUUCUUCUGCUAUGAAGAAGUCCACCGAGGAAUAUGAAGCAUUGAUCAAAGAUCAGAAACAGUUUGCGGAUAGGGUUCGGGAGGCCCAGGACCGCUUCAAGGAAGAUGUACAUGCUGUGCAAGAGAAAGCCCUUGCAACUGUGGGUACACUGGACACCAAGUUUCACAACUUUAUGGAAACGUCGAUGUCUGAUCUCGUUACAGCUCUGGCAGACAACCAGAGCAACGAGAUAGCGAGGAUUCGCCAGGAAAUGCAAGCAUUCUCAGGAGACUUAAUGGCAGAGAGCUCGCAGUUCGCAAGAUUCUACAAUGACCAGUUAGAGGCGCACCAUGAGCAUGCCCUCGGCAGCCUUCAAGCCAACCAUGAAGCACAGAUCGACAGCUACAAUGUCCUGUCUGGCAGAAUGAGUGCGAUUCACAACACUGCCGAAAGGACUAAUUUUGCGGCAAAUGCUUCUUUGAACACCAUCAUCAGCAUCGAAAAGCAGCUAGUGAACCUCUCCGGCCAAGCGGACCACAUCGCUCAAGGCUUUGCCUUCUUCAGUGCACUGCCUCAGCUGCUGUCAUCCCUUUUUCGCGGCAUCGUCGCGACAAUUGGCAUUGCAUUCCUGUUUAGCGUACUGAGCAAGAUCAACAAAAGACUAGCUAAGGAUGCUGCUGGCAUUAGUAGUCUCUUGUACUUCUUUCACUUGUGCGGACUCUAUCAAUGGCUUGGAAACCUUCCUGUUCUGGCCGCCACCCUCCACCAACAUCAAGGGGUAUCCAUAACCGCAAACCUUUCGUCAACCCAGAAGGCGGCUGCUCUCAUUAUGCUUCUCUGGGUCGGCGCCUACCCUGUCAGAUGCGUCAACUUCUAUCUCGGUUCUAUGAUCAGUGCUGUCGUCAGCAAGCUUCUAGGAUCUUAUUGGCUGCAACAUUACAACAAUGAUGGUGGUUUUGGCCUCCUACCCAGCAUCGAGGUUCCAGCUUCUACUGCCUCUCACAAGGCUGAUCGCUUCGACAAUGGCUCCCUCAAUAUGCACCCGCUAGCACACGCUCGGCACUCCUCCAGCCCAACCAGAGCAUGA